UUGAAAUGUCAAAAGGAAAAGACCAUCGGAGCAAAAUAUAUGAAAUUUUGUAACAAAACAAAAACUUUAUUAUAAACAAAAUAAAAACAUGAGUGAUUUAAAUGAGCGAGUGUUGAUAGCUAAAAACGCUCUCAUGACUGCGUUGGGCAAUAACUAUCAAAAAUACCUGAGCCUAAUGAAAAAUUACUUCCGUCGCAAACUCGAUUACACCGAAUUUGAUUUAGAGUCCCGGAAAUUACUCCCAACGAAUAAAUUACAUUUACACAAUGAAUUAUUUUCGGCGAUUAUGUGUAAAAUUGGUGCAAUAAAUACACCACCACCGCCACCUCCACUCGUCACCACCAGUUCGAAUAGUGGACAACAUUCAUCGUCAUCAUCUCGAUCAUCGAGUCGCAAAAGAAAACGAAGCUCACGCUCCCACAACGAUCGAGCCACCUUCGAACCCUAUGAUUUCUUCGACUUUCUCACUCCGGAUACCUUGGAACCCAUUCGACCGCCGAGCAGCUUCGAGAGUACAAUGCAAAUGAUGCCAUCCGCUCGCUAUUGUGUGCAGGAACUUUUCCUACCCAAUACAGGUUUUAUCUAUGGAAGAUUUCAAAUUGGUGUCUGGGAAAUUGGUUUGGUGCAAGUCGAUGACACUGUAGCCGAGUAUAUGUGCAUUGCAGUGCAGUUUCUGCUGAAGAAUCUCAUCUCGUCGAUUAUUAUGAAGCGAAAGCACUAUAAAGUCACUGGGGAGGGAUCGUAUUAUUAUGAUGUUGGGGCUCCGAUAAAGGAUCCAUUCUUGAGAAAUACCGUCACAAGGCAAAAGAUCGACGAUGGACCAUUGGUGUUGGAUAAAGAAAUAACUUCCCCUAACUUUAUGCGUCGCACCAAUGACGAAGGAAUAUUCCUUUCUGCCUGCGAGGAAGUGUAUCCACAAAAGGGCAACCUCAUCACUCUAAAGGACCUGCAGAAGGCAUUUAACGACAGAAAUAUGCUUGCUUCUCAUACCGUUUAUUCUGUUAAUCGAGAACGCUUAACCCAAAUGCUCCAUUGAAACAAAAUAAAAAUCAAUUUAAAUUUA